AUGAAAAAUUUCCACAAGUGCUCACUUUCAAAUUUCAAGGUGGUCACGCCGAGAUCGAGCUGGUCAAGUGGCGAGUCAUCAGUUCACAACGUUACUGCGGGCCGUGACCAGACAUCGUGGACGGUGCGAGGCCUACAGCCGGCCGGGACGUACCACUUCAGAGCGGCCGCCGCCAAUGCCCUGGGUCUCGGGCCGUUUACGCAACCACCGCUCCUGGUCGUCACCGAUGAAGAAGUUCCUGGCAGCCCUCCGACUGAAGUUUCCGUCCAGACCUUGGGACCUCAAUCUAUAAAAGUUACCUGGAAGCCCCCGCUGCCGGAGCUCCGGCAUGGCCACAUCAAGGGCUACUACGUGGGCUACAAGCUGCACAACUCGAGCGAGCUGCACCUGUACAAGACGGUGGAGGCGAGGGACGCCGACCCGGAGGCCCACGGGGAGUGCGUGCUCAACAACCUCAGGAAGCACACCAAGUACAGCGUGCUCGUUCAGGCGUACAACGCCAUCGGCGCAGGACCGCGCUCCGACGAAGCCGUGGUCCGCACGGCUCAAGAUGUACCACAGGUGGCUCCUCCGGGAGUGCAGUGCAGCUCCAGUUCCCCGACCACCAUUCGCGUGAGCUGGACCAAGCUGCUCGAAAAGAACCUGGACGGCGUCCACAAGGGAUACAGGGUCAUCUACCGACAGAUACGUACACAACACGCACAAUACGAGGGCUUCACCGGCGAGGAAGAAAACAGCUGGGCGGAGCGGGACGUGAAUGCAGGCUCCUCGGCGGCCGUGCUGAGCAGCCUAGAGCCCUACAGCAACUACAGCGUUCGCGUAGCCGCACGAACAGGAGCAGGAGCGGGAGCCUUCAGUGACCCCGUCCAUUGCAGCACGCCGGAAGCAGUGCCCCAGGCCCCCGAGGACAUCAAGGCUCUGAUCUUGGCACCCGACGCUAUUUUGGUGAGCUGGAAGCCCCCCGUGAGGUCCCGGGGUGUCCUUCUCAGGUACACCGUCUACUCCAGGUCCCACGGCUAUAGGAAACAGGCGGCGGCGGCGAUAGGCCCGGGAUCUGCGGCUCCGCCGGCGGCGGACGUGGGCCCCGUGCGACACGUGGCCGUGCCCUCGUCCCAGUUCUGGCACGAGACCCGGGGGCUGCGCACGGGUCAGCGCUACGAGUUCUGGGUGACCGCGUCCACGGCGGCCGGGGAAGGACCGGCCACCCGUAUCGUCACGCAGAGUCCCGAGAUCCGUGCCCCUGCGAGGAUCGCUUCGUUCAACCGAGACGUGAGUGUAGCCCUGAAGCAGGACCUGGAGCUUCCCUGCAGAACGGUUGGACAGCCCAUGCCGAUCCGGGAGUGGAGGACCGGUGGCGGCGCCCUAGAAGAGACGGACCGGGUGCGGGUGCUGCCUUCGGGCACGCUGCGCAUCGAGAGCGCCGAGCAGCCGGAUUCGGCCAACUACAGCUGCCACGCCCACAACGUCUAUGGCAGAGACUCCGUCCACUACACCGUCCAUGUGCACAAGUACGAGCUGCACUACAAGCGUCAACAGGGUUCUUGGGACCUGGUGCGAGUGGCACCACCCGCCUCGGUGCUCGGCGGCACUGCUCCAGCGCGGAGCAGCGUGGCGACAGUGUCAGCCUCGUGGAGCAACGGCACGAGGCUGACACACGAGCUGACGGGCCUGUUCUGCGGCACCCAGUACCACAUAUACCUCGUAGCCGUCGGCGACAAGGGAAAGAGCGAUCCCAGCGACACCGUGUUCGCCAGGACCCAAGGAGGAGGUAUACAAUGGACGAGGAACGCCUAA